AUGACUUGUUACAGAUGCAAGGACCUGAGGUAUCCGGAAGUUAUACCGGAAAUAGGCGUUGUGAUACCCUUCAAGGACGAACAUUUGAGCGUUCUGCUACGUACCGUAUACAGUAUUCUUUACAACACACCGACACAUAUAGUCAAAGAAAUUGUCCUAGUGGACGAUGGGUCGGAAAACAGCGAGCUUAAAUCUACUCUUGACAUAUACCUGGAAAAUAUGGAAAAGAUACGAGUCAUCAGGCUGCGGAAAUCUGUUGGUUUGAUGAUGGCGCGUCAGGCAGGGAUAAACAGUAUUGGCGCCGAAUAUUUCGUGUGUUUAGACUGUCAUAUGGAAGUUUUACCGGGGUGGAUAGAACCGUUGCUAAGUCGUCUGCUUGAGGAGCCGAAAGCCCUCCUGUGUUCCAAUGUCGGAUCCAUUGAUCGUCGUACAUUCAAACUACAUCAUGCUGAACUUCGACAAAUACGAUACUUUUUCCCGUUCCUUAUAUUUAACCUGGAUGCCGCCGCCGGAAAAUAUAAACAAUCUUUCGUCGAAUCUAGAACCAAUGAUACAGAGCCAUUCCCGUUUGGGAUCAUUCAAGGUAUGAUGGUUGUGAUGAGGAAGUCUUGGUUCAUGCAGCUGGGCGGGUUCGAUCCUGGGAUGAAGAUAUGGGGUAGUGAGCAGAUAGAACUGUCCAUUAAGGUAUGGACGUGUGGUGGGCGUGUCGAGAUGAUCCCAUGCUCCUUUGUUGCACACAUGUAUCGACGCAAUGUUUGGAGAAUGAGAAACGAAGGCGUGGUUAAUAUUUUGAGGGUGGCGGACGUAUGGCUAGACGACCAUAAAAACAAGAUUCAAGAAUAUUAUUUCAACAGAAGAAAACAGUUUGACAUUGGUGACGUAUCAGAUCGGAUUAGAAUUCGGAAAGAAAAUAAAUGCAAACCGUUUGAAUUUUAUCUGGAGAAGAUUCGAGAGUUUGCCGAUUUCGAGUUUACCGAAAUUCGACAGAACGGAGCUAUCAAGAAUCUUGGAACAGAAAUGUGCCUAGAUCCUCUACCUUCUAGAAAAGGUCCAAUACAAUACUGGUGUCAUGGUGAUGAAAUUCAGUACAGUGAAUUAACAGAAUUAGGCAAGUUACGAUUCCAGCAACACUGCAUGUUACCACUGGGACCAAACUCCACUACACUGAGAUUUUGUACCACUGACAUUCAUAAUGAAACCGAGGCUAAAUGGGACUACACCGAGGCGGGGCAAUUAAAGCACGUGGCAAGUGGGCGAUGUUUAACGGCAGCAGACGACAAGAAAACAAUUCAGCUUUCACCAUGUGUAAAUGGUAACCGGAAACAAGAGUGGUCCUGGUAUGUGAUGAAAUGAGAUUGGUUUUUUUUUGUUACCAGAAGAACUAAAUCCAUCUUCUAUAGGAGUAUAUUUUGGACUGCGAACAGA